AGUCGCUCUUUGCUCUUAAAGCAUUAAGCCAUCACUGACGGCGCACAUCUUUGCAAUAGCUCCCCAGAGACUCACACACAUGGAUCACUUUUUGAAGGCCGUCGUCGUCCUGGUUGCACUUGUGGCAGCAGCGGAGAGCCUCAAAUGUCGCGAGUGCAUAAUUGAACUACUGAGCCUCUGCCCGUUUGGAACUGAUGUGACCUGCAAUAAUGGGACGAACAGCUGCUCCAGAGGAGAAGCACAAUUCAACGCAACAGGCAGCUUGAAGCUUCACAACCGUGGCUGCGUGGACAACGACCUCUGCGGAAAGACCAUCAGUGGAAGCAUCUUAGGAGCCGGCUACACUAGCUCCUUCACCUGCUGCACAACAGAUCUGUGCAACAGCGCCACCACCACUCAGAUGUCCAUCGUCCUCGGCCUCUGUGCUGCUGCAAUGUCCACCCUGAUGUCGCUGUAGUUCCUCGAUGCUUUCUUUCAUUCAUCCUCAUCGAUUGAUAAUCAACCAGUCGAGUCUUACACUCCAAGACCAAACUCGUCCAAGACUCGAGUCUUUCAAUCACACAGAUAACAGAACGGUCCUGAAUCAGAAGGGAGACCAGAUCAUCUUCCUGGGAUCAUGAGAAUAAUGCGAUGAGUCAACAGUUGAAGCUUUUGCUUUGCCAACUGAGGUUUUCGGUGCUCCUUCUGAUCUUACAUUUUCACUUUUGCUUCCUGCUGGGUUUUUGUCGGCUACAUCUCAGAUACAAAAAUGCUACUAUCCUGAAUAAAG